AUGGAAAAGGUUAAGGGACUAGAGGAAACUAAAGAAUUGCUUACAGAUGAACAGGCCUCACACUUAAUGACCGCGAAGGCACUAGAAACAAAAAACAGGCAACUUGAGGAUGAUAAUCUGCAACUUAUGAAACGAAUAAAAGCCCUCCAGUCCACUGUCGAAAGGUUGAAAAAUAUAGAGUAUGAUGUGCAGUAUAGAAAAACUCAAGAAACAAUCCGCAAGAAUCUUCAAGAUGCAGUCAAUUCGACUAUAUUCGUUACUGAUAGUGAUUGUUCGGACAAACCACUACCCUGUAAAUCUGCACUUCCGCGUAACGUUGCAGUCAAAAUAGAUGCUAAUGAAAAUGAAGUAAAUAGUGUUCGGUUCACUCCAUCAGGCCACAUUUUCGGAUCAGCAGGAUUUGAUCGUAAACUCCGAUUAUGGACAUAUCUAAAUGGAAAAUGUGAAAUCCAUUCAACCCUUGUUGGUUGUAAUGCUGCUGUCACUGCCAUAGAUUUUGACCCAAAUGAAACUGCUGUUUUAGGUGCCUCAAGUGAUUUUUCGUGUCGUGUAUGGACACUAAAUGAUUCCAGACUUCGAGUCAAUUUGACAGGACAUUCUGAGCGUGUUAUCUCUGCUAAAUUUAUGAGGUCUGCUAACCGCGUUGUCACUGCUUCAUCAGAUAGAACGAUCAAGAUUUGGGACGUUGACAAGUGCUGUUGUAGGCGUACCAUCAUGGCUGCCUCCACAUUCCAAGAUGUAGUUGUUUGUCCCUCCAUGACUGCGCUUGUUACUGGCCAUUUUGAUCAGCAUUUACGCAUUUGGGAUGAACGAUCUGGAGAAAAUACUGGCAAAAUCUUGCUCUCCGGGCGUAUUACUGGUAUGGACAUCUCCUCUGAUUUCACAACUGUUUUAUCUUGUACACGUAACAACACUUUAGAAAUUGUGGAUUUACGUAUGAAUCAAGUUACACAAUGCUUGAAAGCUGAUGGUUUUCAAACAGGUUUAGAUAUAGUUCGACCAUGCUUCUCACCUGACUCAGAUUAUGUAGCUGCUGGUGGACAUGAUGGUGGAGUUUAUAUUUGGAGCACAGUUUCAGGAAAUUUAGAAAUUUGUCUCCGUGACCACACAAAUAUUGUCGUUUGUUGUCAUUGGAAUCCGAAUGCGAGAAUGCCUACUGGAGAUAAACAACCGGAAAAGCAUAAAAAAGAGUCUAUAAUUGAUUUAAACAAGUAUAUAGAUAAAAGAAUCCGUGUCAAAUUUUCAGGUGGACGGGAAGCUGUUGGUAUCUUGAAAGGAUGCGAUAAUUUACAGAAUAUGGUGAUUGAUUGUACUACUGAAUUUCUUCGUGAUCCAGAUGAUCCUCAUCGUUUGACUGAAGAUACAAGAGAACUUGCCCUUGUGGUUUGUAGGGGUCCAUCCGUGGAACUUGUUUGUCCUGCAGAUGGAAUGGAAUCUAUACCUAAUCCAUUUGUUCAACAAGAAUGAUUCGGAAAAAACUUAUUUAUUUUAUAUGAUAUAAAUAAAUUUGUAAAAUAUUCCCGCCUUCUCUCUCAUUGUAACUGUACGUCACAUAAGCUUCUUCAUGUCAUCAGCUAUUAAUUUUUUACUGAAUAUGUAUAUUUAAAAAAAUAAAUUAUCUUUCUACAAAAGUCA